UUACCAGACAGAUUUCAGUACUUACCCUUGUCUGGUGCUGACUUUCGCUCUUCUACUCAUAGAAACAUUCACCGAGAUCAUUGCCUCCAGCAUUGCUGUUGCUUUUUUGUGUGUAUGGUCACUUGUAUUUAUCAAGCAAGCACACGUGAUGAGAUCAAAGGCCUUACAGCGGGGUCUUUCUGAGUGGGACAACCACAGCCUGCCAAAGCGGCAGAGUUCCUAGUCUGGGCAAUACGUUUUCAAGGAUUGUGCAGAGGUGAGCUCUUGUGCUGUGCAGACUUCGGUGAAUCAAUCAUGCCCUCUGCAGCAGCAACCGAUCUAGGCUACACCCCACCAGAUGGAGGCUGGGGCUGGGCUGUCGUCUUCAGCGCUUUCAUCUCCAUAGGAUUCUCCUAUGCCUUUCCCAAGUCCCUCACCAUCUACUUUAAAGAGAUUCAGGAAUAUUUUUCAGUUUCCUACAGUGAGAUUGCCUGGUUGUCCUCAGUCAUGCUUGCUUCAAUGUAUGCAGGAGGACCGGUGAGCAGCAUACUUGUCAACCGCUAUGGCAGCAGACCUGUGGUUAUGGCCGGUGGGCUGAUGGUUAGUGCUGCCAUGGUGCUCGCUUCUUUUGGCACUACAAUCAUGCAUCUGUAUCUUUGUGUUGGAAUAAUUGGAGGUUUUGGCCUUGCCUUCAACCUGCAGCCAGCUCUGACAAUCAUAGGUACCUACUUCCAGGUCAAAAGGCCGCUGGCGAACGGGCUCGCUAUGACAGGAAGUCCAGUUUUUCUGUCCACUCUGGCUCCUCUUAAUCAGUUUCUGUUCGAUUCUUUUGGCUGGAGAGGGAGCUUCCUCGUCCUAGGAUCCAUUGUUUUGAACUGCUGUGUAGCUGGUGCUCUGAUGAGGCCAGUCAACAAAAAUGUCCAACCGAAACCAAAGACUGAACCACCCCGGCGUAAUGGGGCAGCCGCUGAGGAAGCUGCUACUGCGGACGCCAGUGCACAGUCGGCGAAUCUCCUAACUGACGAAACCCAAAGUGAGAGCAGGAGCCAGGGCUGCGUACACAAAUUCAUAGAUCUCUCUCUUUUCAGACACCGGGGAUUCCUCAUUUAUCUCACUGGUAAUGUGGUCAUGUUUUUUGGCUUUUUCGCACCUGUGGUUUUUCUCGCGCCAUAUGCCAAACAUCAAGGGAUUGAUGAAUAUUCAGCAGCUUUCUUGCUGUCUAUUUUUGCUUUGGCGGACAUGUUUGUCAGACCAGCAACUGGCCUCAUUGGCAACACCAAGUGGAUAAGGCCAAGGAUCCAGUAUUUCUUCAGUUUUGCUGUUUCAUAUAGUGGUGUAUGUCACCUUUUGUGCCCACUGGCACCUGGAUAUGUGGGUCUGGUUGUUUAUGCUGUGUUCUUUGGUUUGGCUUUUGGGAUGGUUUCUGCGUUGCUCUUUGAAGUUCUGAUGGACCUUGUUGGAGCUCAUCGCUUCUCCAGUGCAGUUGGACUUGUCACCAUUAUCGAGUGUGGACCAGUGCUUCUUGGACCUCCAAUUUCAGGAGCCUUGGUUGAUAUUUUCGGGGAAUACAAAUACAUGUACUAUGCGUGUGGUGUGUUUACGCUGCUGCCUGGCAUCUUUUUCUUCAUCAUGAAUCACUACAACUACAAGAUAUUGGACAAGGAGCGGAGGCAGAGAGUGGCUGUGCAGAUGACGACUUCUGAAGAGGCAGUAGCAAUUAAAAUGAGUCAGGACGAUAAAACAGUUACAUGAUGCAGAUGGUUAAACUUGUUGACUAUGAUUUUUAUUUUAGUGGGUGUAGAAAGAUGGUACUGCAUAGGUUCUACUGCAGGACAUAAAGUAUACGGGCUAUUACUGAUAAAAAUUGUUUUCUACCUCGGAUGAGGUUAUUGGACUCUUUUUAAUGGUUAUUAUAUAUAUAUAUAUUAUUAUUAUUAUUAUUAUUAUUAAAUUAUGUGACAGCUGUUACUCUCAUGACCUUUUGUUUAUCAAUCAUCCAAAACUACCCCUGUUCUUUCCAGUACAGUUAUCCUAAUGGCUCUAUAAACUAAUACGGUACCUCUUUGUUUGUUUAUUCAGUGGCUGAAUAAAAAAUAAUUUUCCUGAGGGACUGAUACAAAAUAAUGAGUCAAAUCCCAGAGCACAGAGCCGUACCACUACCGUUUAUUGUCAUCUUUGUACCACUAGAUGGCAUUGGACACUGUUGUGUGAGUAGUGGUCAAGGUGCAACACAUCUGUCCUAUGAAACGGCAAUCAAAUUAAAGCCAUUUUCAUUUAGGGUUUAGUUCUUUACAGCAUUGCCUUCCAAAGUUUGGGUCAUGACCCUCCCAUGGGCCACCAGAAAUUUUGAAAGGGUCACCAAAGGCGCAGCAAUUAAAAAAAUUACAAUAUUAAAUAUCUGUUGCAAAGUUAUUUGUUUUUGCAUUUUUAAUUGACACUUUCUUAGCUAAUACAUAUUUCUAUUAUGUUAACAUCAUAAUACACGAUCAAAGAUUAUGACUCAUCUAACACACCUCAGACCAAAUUCCUGACAGCAGAUUAAAUUUGUGUUCUCAUACCAGGUCACGUUGUCCCACCAAAGGGCAUUUUCCAACAUACUGCAUGAUUACAGCCCCUUAGUGCCAGGUCUCGAGCACGUUCAAUACAAGAUACAUGGGCGAGCCAUUCAGGAAAAGAACAAUGCCAUUAUUACACAUGUAUGUUUAAAUGAUCCUUCCUUAUCAUGUCCCUGCAAGGUGCAUAUUGACUCCCUUUUCAAAAUGGGCGAAAAUUGCUUGUGUGAGUGAAUCAAUAUGUUUAUUUUCAAACCUUAGAUAACAUUAUCUGAAAAUCAGAUAAACAGUGUAAGUCCAUAGUCAGGGGUGGUUUUUCUUCUCUUUGAAUCCGGUUUUAAUUUAAAUCAGCUAAAAACCACCAGCCCAGUUUGAGUCAAUGUAACCCAGGCAAUACUGGGUUAACUUGAGCCAUUGGGUUGUUUUAACCCAAACUUAAUGUUAUUUUUUAUAUUACUGCUGCAUUAUUUGCCCAAACUAAAGUGUGUUUUUUCUGACCCAGUGUUAGACACAACAAGCUCAAGUUUUACCUUCAAACUGUCACAAAUGUAUUUUUAAUUGUACAGAACAAUGUUGAUCCUUUACUUAAGUAAAAGUACCAGUAACACAUUGUAAAAAUACUCAAUUACAAGCAAAGGUCCUGCUCAUUAAAAGUACUCAUUAUAGAGACAUGGCUAGUGUAUAUAUCUAGUGAUAUACUGUAUACAUACUAUUAUACAGUAUAUCAUUUGAUUAAUAUUACUUGUGCAUCAAUGUGUAAUGUGUGAAUUUUACUCUUGGUUGUGAUGAAACUUAUUCUUUAAGUAUUUUACAUUAGGAUGCAACUAAUGAUUAAUGUCAUUAUGCAUUAGUCUGCUGGUUAUUUUGUUGAUCAAUUCAUUUAUUGUGUGGUUUUUAAACGGUAAGACAAUAAUGACCAGUGCCCCGAGCUCAAAGUGGCGUCCUUCAAAUGUUUUGUUUUGUCCAACCAUCAGUUCAAAUUUCUAAAUUAUUCAGUUUACUCUAAUUUAAUUCAAGGAAAAGCAGAAAACUGUCAUGCUGGUGAGACUGAUACCAUAAAAUGAUUCACAUUUUUGCAUGAAAAAUUACUUAAAUGUUUAAUCAGUAUUCAAAACAGUUGCUCGUAACUUUUUGAUAAUUGACUAAUCAACUCAACGAUUAAUAACCGACUAAUUGUUUUAGCUCAUUUUAUAUACUGUUGGGUUGUUUAAAUAUUUUUUUACAAUGGAUAAUAUUGUAAAAGUUCUUCAUGUAUUUUUGUUUGUUAAAACUUAAUUUUAUAAUGUUAUAUAAAUUAUCAUUUAAUCUGUAGCAGGCAGAUAAAUGAAGUGGAGUAAAAAUUACACUAUUUCCCUUUGAAACAUCGUGGAGUAUAUAAAUAUAAAACUUUAUAUAAAGUAUCAUAAUAUGGGAAUAAUAUGGGAAUAGAAUGGUAAAGUAAAUGUACAUAAUUAAUUUCCACCAAUUUGCAUAUGACAUUCAAAACUGUAAACAUUAUUAACAAUCAGAAGCAAAUAAUGUAAGUUAGCUAAAGUAAAUGCAGUUUGCAACCAAACCUUAUGUUGGUGUGGGUUAAUAACGCAGUUACCCAAAUUAGAUCAGUUCCGGCCCAGUGGUUUUGAUUAUGUAGAUAUGUGACAGAUAUUGCGAUGUAAUACGUAGGUAAAUGAGUGGACACGAAGUGAGAGAGCGAGGACUUCCAAUUAGUGGCAGCUCCUAUAAGCUCUGUAUCAUUUCCUCACUGAACAGCUUGAGCAUAAUCGCUGUGAUGAACUGUGACUGUUUUCAGUAAAUCUGACUUUAACUGGGACCAGGAAGAUUUAAUCCCGGCAGCUCUGCGUCCAAUCCCUGUGUAGACUGCUACUGUGGCGAGGCAUGAUGUUUUAACAACGCUGCCGGUCUGAGCAGUUGCCUCCCGAAUUCUGUUUUUACCACACGGUUGGAAUGUCUACAAAAGAAGGAAGUGAUACUGUCUAUUAAACCCAACAUGGUUGUUAGCAAUCUCUGCUAAUCUUCUUUAUCCACAGAGGCAGAACUAAUCUGUCUUCAUAAUGUUUACACUCGGAGAGAGGGCAAUCUCAUGUGAAUACCAGAGACUUAAGAGUUUAUUAGUCAGUCCUACGGACGGAGCUAUUAAUGACACAUCACAAGCCUAAAAAUAAACGUCUUUAGCCAGUGCAGCUAACAUGGACACAUAGGGCAGGCUGACAUGUUCUAGCAGACCGAGGAGCAUUUGCCAUGUCAGUCUAUCCAAGAAGCUCUCAAGCAAUCAGUGACACCUUCCACAGACUAGAGACACCGUGUCCUGCAUUGUGUUGUUGUCCUGCACUGACUGUCGCCCCGGAUGAAACACCACAUUUUACUGAGAUCAUCCGGUGAAAACAAGGCACAGAGCACCCUGAUCUCAAGAUUAAUAAUACUUGCAAACAGCUACCAUAACAUCGAUCACGGUCACCUUGGUGUUUAUGUAGAGCAUAAUCAUCUGUGUUUCUGAGAUAUUUUUGAAAUUAGAUUUUCGCUCACAUAAGCAGUCAACAUCUGAAUAUGCAUAUGGGAUGCACAUUAGGUGGAGAUUUUGCUUCACCCUCCAAAAUCCCUAGAGGGCAGCCUGAAUCAGAUGAAAGACCAACCACUCACAUAGCGGAUUCUUGAUGUUCAGCUCGAAGGGGACAUUUGUCAACAGAUAUUUCUACAGUAAGAUGUGAAUUGCAGUGGUACUGAGGAUAUUUACUUAAAUACUGCACUAAGAGGAGGUUUUACAGUUUUGAGGUA